AUGUCUCCUUAUCGAAUUGUGUUUGGGAAGAAUUUUCAUCUAACAUUUGAGCUUGAUCACCGUGCACAAUGGGCAAUUAAAAAGCUGAAUUUUGAUUUGAAAGCUUCAGGAGAGAAAAGACUUCUUCAACUUAAUGAGUUAGAAGAAAUUCAUCAUGAAGCUUAUGAGAAUGCAAGAAUUUAUAAGGAGCGAACGAAAAAAUGCCAUGAUAAGCAAAUUCGUCAAAGGGAGUUUUUACUAGGAGAGAGGGUCCUUUUAUUCAAUUCUCGUCUUAAACUCUUUCCCAGUAGAUUAAAGUCUCGUUGGUCAGGAUUGUUAAUAGUUAUUCAAGUCUUUUUGGAGCUGUUGAGAUUCAACGAGGUGAUGAACCUGCAUUCAAAGUAA